GACGAACGAUCCGCAGCGAUCAAUCGAGUGAUGGAACAACUUCGUGCCGACGGUGUUAUUCGUGGAUGGCGCGGAGAGGUUUAUCCCAUUGGCGUUUCCUUUUACGAGCCCCACAAAUUCGUUAUCGAGCGUGCCGCCGUACCAUGGCUGGGGGCUAUUGAAUACGGCGUCCACGUCAAUGGCUUGGUACGAACGCUGUCGGGCGAAACAAAAAUGUGGAUUGGGCGUCGAGCAGCGGAUAAAUCCAAGUACCCUAACAUGCUGGACCACAUUGUGGCCGGUGGACAACCCGCUGGUUACUCUUUGAUGGAGAAUGUCAUAAAAGAGUGUAUGGAGGAAGCAGGAAUCCCAAAAGAUGUAGCUUUGGCUGGAGUCCGACCGGCUGGUGCGAUUAGCUACGAAACGUACGAUCCGAAGAAAGAUAUCGUAACUCGCGCCGUGCUCUACAACUAUGAUCUGUAUCUAUCCGAAGACUUUGUACCGCAGCCUGUUGAUGGAGAAGUCCAAAACUUUAUGCUGUGGUCGGUCGAGCAAGUUCUAGAGGCCAUGUCGAUGGACUACGCCGAUCCCAUCAAGCCGAAUUGCUAUUCUGUGAUUAUCGAUUGGCUCCUCCGGGAAGGCCAUUUGUCACCGGAAGUCCCCGGCUAUCUAGAUGUUUUGCGAGAACUACGCAGCGGCGACUGCCGAUAG